AUGCGCGCACCACCUCCUGCGCCCGCGCCUGCUCCUACGCCCGCACCUGCACCUACUCCUGCUCCUGCUCCGGGUGCGCAACCCAUUCAAGGGCCCCCGCCACCAAGGCCACCCAUUAUUCGACCCACGUUUACCCAAACAACCCCUCCUCCCCAACCCACCCCUACCCCACCUCCACCUCAACAACCCACCCCUACCCCUACCCCUACCCCAACACCACCUCAACAACCCACCCCUACCCCUACCCCUACCCCUACCCAACAACCCAUCCCAGCCCCAUCUCUUCCACGACCUACCCCGACCCCGGCUCGAGCUAUUAGUGUGGUGGAGCCACCAACACAGCCAACUCCACCACCAUCAUCCUCACCUUCCGGGGCAGUCAUAGGACGUACCCCUCCACCACUGUUGAGAACUGCAACAACCACACCUGUCCCUAGUCGCGCCGUAUCCCCACCAUCCUCUCCACCUAAAACCAUCAAACCACUUGAACAAACCCCACCACGAGCAUCAUCACCGCCACCACGAUCGCUCUCUCCACCCAAGAGAACUCAACUUAUUCUUUCACCGCCGUCCUCACCGCCUCGCGCUCCCUUAAACCAAAACACCACACCGCCUGAAGCAACAUCCACCAUGCGCCCUCUUUCCCCAUUACAACUCCCUUCACUUAACCAGAAACCCUAUGAUGAAGGCACACAAGAAUACACCCAAAAAACCAUGCUUGUUCAAGAAACCAAAGAGAAACCCAAGACUUCCGCUACCGGUUUUAACGCUAGGCACAUUGGUGGCUUCCAUACUCAUAACAACAACGCUACACGAAAACCCGAAACCCUCAAGAAACACAUGGAUUCAGAAGAUGCAGGGAAGAAUAUCAUAACCAUUGCAGGUGAAAACAAAGGGGCGAUUAUGAACAUAACUCCUUCUGGCGACAAAAAACAAGAUUUUGGCAAAAACAUACACUUCAAUAGGAACAAUCCUCCUAACACAUUAAACAACGAUGGCGAAACGGACUCAGAUGCAAAGAACAAGAAUCAAAAUUCAAACUCACCUCUCAAGACAUCAUUCCUGAACAGUAAUGUGCAAGGUGUUAACAAUUCCAUUCUCUUUAACUGCUCAAUCAACCAUCAUGAUCCUGGAAUCCACCUCACCCUCUCCACAAAACCGGAUCGUGAUCUGGAUACUGGGAAGCGAGCGUUACUCUGA